AACUUAUCAACAUUUAAUAAAUCUAUUUAAAGAACAUCAUAUUAUACAAUUACAAAUUCAAAUUAUCUAUGGUAAAGCAGGUAUUGGUAAAACUCAUCGUAUCAAUAAAGAAUAUAAGACUGAUCAUACAUUAUGUUUUAGUAUUAAUGAUAAAUUAAAUCUUUCAUUAUUAAUUAGUUCAUUUCUUUUAUUUGAUUCAAAUAUGAUUAAUAAUAAUAAUAAUAAUCCAUCGAUUUUUUUCAAUAUAUCUAUUCAUGCACCAUUUGAAACAUUAAAUCGAAUAUUAUUUUCACUUUUUAUUUGUGGAUGUUUAAAUGAUCCAAUUAGUGGUCUAAUCUUUUCUUUAUCAAAUAUUCAAACAUGGAAAUUUAUUAUUGAAAUUCCUUAUUCAGAUGUUUCUGGUGUUGAUAUUCAAGAAAAUUUCAAUCAAAUUUUACCUAUUCUUUCUAUUAUUUCACCAUUAACAUUAGAAGAAGUUACUAAUGAAAAUUAUCAAUUAUCAAUUGAUAAAGAAGAAGAACUUGUAGCACGAUUUUUAAAAGCAUUUGAAAAUGGAACUAUUGAUCGUAUGAUAACAAUAACAAAAACUGGUCGUGAAAUACCUGUUAGUUUUGAACCAAUAACUAAUAUUAAUGAAUGUCGAACAUAUAUUUAUAAUUGUAUUCAAAAAUAUGCUCCAGAAUUACCAAAAAAUAAAAUCUAUGAAGUUUCAUUUACUAAAUUUUUAUAUCGUCGUAUACGUUUUUUUCAAGGAUAUUAUUAUUGUUGGAAUGAUAAUAUUGAACAUUUAGGUAGUAUUACUAUACAACAAAUGAUUAAUGAAGCAAAAUUUUUAACACAAAUUAAUUUUCAAAAUAAUGAUUAUCCUCGUAUUUAUCUUAUUUAUGAUCCAGGAUUUUCUUUACAUUUAUUACAUGCUGAUUGGAAUUAUGUUUCAAAUGAAUUAAAAAGUUUUUUUAAUAAUCAUGAUCCAUUUAAAGAUAUUGAAUAUCAAAAUAAAGAUUAUUUUGUUGAAUGUUUAUCAUGGUUAAUUAAUAUUAAAUAUGAAAUAUUUAUGAAAAUUAUUUAUGAAACAAAAUUUAUUUUAACAGAAAAUUUUGCUUAUAAACUUUUUCAUAUACAUGAAAGAAAAUUAACUAAAUUAGCAUUAAUUAUUGAAGGUGAUACUGGUUUAGGUAAAACAUUUCUAUUAAAAUUCUAUUCAUUAUUAUUAAAUUCAAAAAAUACACAUGAUUCUCUUCAAGGAAAUAUUAUUCCAACAAUUAUAGAAAAUUCUAGUCAAUUUCUUCUAAAUAUUAUUGAAACAAUUGUAGAACAACAAGCAAAUAUUUUGAGUAUAUUUCUUCAACGAAUUAAAUCAAAAAUCUUAGAUUUAGAAAAUGAUGAUGAACUUCCAAAUCAACGCCCAAGAGAAAUAUCAGUUCUACUUACAGCAGAACAACAACAACAACAAAAUAAUGUACCAGUUGAUAAUGUUCUAUUAAAACAAGUUAAACUUUCUUUAAAAAAAUAUCAAUUAAAGAAGAAUACUUUAUAUUAUAUUUGGAAAACAAUUCUAGAUGUUUCAAGUGAAAAUCCUAUGGCUUCAACAACAACAUUAAUUCAAAAAUUACAUGACUAUAUUAUUAAUGAAUUAGCUAAUUAUCCAUUAAUUGAAAGUAGUUCUCGAUUGAAAAUUUUACUUCAAGAAAUUUCUUCACCUACAAUUGAAAUAUCGAUUGAAAUAUUUAAAGAAUAUUUAUUUCAUAGUCAAAUAAAACCAUUAUUCUAUCG